AUGGGGUAUCUGUAUGGACGAGCAGCCCGAAGCACCAACAGAGGUGGCAGCCAGGGGCCAAGCCUUAAAACACACGCAGCUGCACCCGGACAAACCACAAGAAACAGCAGAGGCGUCCACAGAAGCCACACAAACAAGCGUCCUAGAACCCUAGGAAAUAACAGCAAGGUCUCAGCAUCAACACCAAGCCCCAACAAACGGCAAGAGGACAAACCGAGCAACCCACCCCAAAACACCCCGCCCAAGCGCAACCAUCAGCCCAGAAACAGAAAAUGCAUCAACGAACAACGCUCCCCGAGCGGCAAAAAACGAAAAGACAAAGGUGGGCUGUUGGAGCAGCAGACGGAAGAGGGGUGGGAAUGGGAUGAGGGCAUCCAAACGACUGCUAACUGGCCACUCUCUCCCCCACAGUGGCAGGCCAUCUCUCUGACGGUCAUUGAGAAGGUUCAGGUUGCAGCCGCCAUCCUGGGUUCCCUCUUCCUCAUCGCCAGUAUUUCUUGGCUCAUCUGGUCAACUUUCAGCCCCUCGGCAAGAUGGCAGCGCCAAGACCUUCUCUUCCAGAUCUGCUAUGGGAUGUAUGGCUUCAUGGACGUGGUGUGCAUAGGUCUCAUCAUCCACGAGGGACCCUCGGUGUAUCGCAUCUUUAAACGGUGGCAGGCUGUCAACCAGCAGUGGAAAGUGCUGAACUAUGACAAGACAAAAGACCUGGAGGAUCAAAAGGCAGGAGGCAGGACCAACCCCCGGACCUCCUCAUCCACCCAGGCCAAUAUCCCCUCCUCGGAAGAGGAGGGCGCAGGCACCCCUGCCCCUGAGCAGGGCCCUGCCCAGGCUGCCAGCCACCCCUCAGGCCCUCUGUCCCAACACCACUGUGCUUAUACCAUCCUGCACAUCCUGAGUCACUUGAGACCCCAUGAACAGCGGAGUCCCCCAGGCAGCAGCCGAGAGCUGGUCAUGAGAGUCACGACAGUGUGAGAGCAGAGGCCCAGGAGGAAGGCCAUGACCACCACUGAGGGCCCGGAGCAGGGUGGGGAGGUGCAGUGGCACCCCCAGAGCCAGCAGAGGGAGCAGGCAGAGGGUGGGGGGCCUGGCAGGAGCCCUGGGGCAGGCUCAGAGUGGGAGUGAGGCUGGUGCAGGAGCAGUUCUGCUAUUUCCAAUCAGUCAAUGCCACUCUCCACAACAGCAAUGAAAACCAACACCAACUCAACAACAAAGUGCAAUACAGGCUGAACCUGGCCCAACGAAAAAACCUGCCCCAAUGCGCCCGCAGGCAAGGUACCUGAAGAAGCAGAGGCGGAGGGCAGGCAAAGCCUGUGUGACUGGUGGCAGUGCCAGAGGCCAAGGGGGCCAAGAGGAAAAGCGUCUGUGGUCUGCUCUGCUCUCACCCUGUUUGGUUUUGUUUCUCCUGGGGCUGUGUUCUGCAGGCAGCCAGGAAAGGGGGAGGCUCGUGAGCGAGCUGGCAGGGACACACUGCCUUUGGGGAUCCUGGGCUCAUUUGGAUGGGCAAGAUUCGCUGACAAAUGGCUGUGGGGAUGGAGGGGUGGAUGGUCAGGGAGGGAUGCGCAGGGAGGGAGAGCUGGUGUGAGCAGCCAGAGGGAGAGGCGUGUCUCCUUCCUGAAGGAACUUCCAAAUGGAACUCCCGAUUUCAGGUGGGCUCAAAGAGGGCUUAGGUUUGGAAAAGGGUGUCUUUCUGUGCCCUUGUUAAUUUAUUUUAUAGUGCUUUGGUUCAAAGAUGUUUACAGGACACACACACACACACACACACACACACACACACACCCCUCUAGAGAAAAGUACAGAUUUCCAGUGAGUAUUUGAAGCACAGUUCUGCUGCUGUGGCUUCAGCUUUGGAAGCUGUCAAACCCGGAGCAACUUUCCCAACUACCCAAUCCCACCAUGGCCAGGACAUGGGCAAUGCCAGCCCUUUCUUGUCUUGGCACAUGCACAUACCCAGUCCCCUCACGGUAGGGCACCCCUGCAGCUGCAGUGGUUGGGAGGAGCUUGGCCAGUGUGCCCCAAGGAGUGGAGUAGAGCCCAAUCUAAGCAUUCCUUGCUGCUUGGAACCCUCCCCAAAGAGGCAGUCAGGCUGACGCUCAGUGCUUCAUGCUCCCUGGUCCUUCCCGUGCAGCCAGGUGGGCCCAGGGGUGCCUGGCAGGGAGCACUACCCCUGGACCCCCCUGCUCGCUCUGGGGACCCUGCCAGGGAAGGCCACUGGGUGGUCACCUGCAGAGUUUCUGGUUGUCACUGCACAAUGGCCGCAUCAUCCAUGGGUAUUAAAAGGACACUGUCAAGUACUUUUUUAAACUAGUUUUUAGGGUUUUUUAAAACUCUCUGUUGUUUGUAAUAUUCUCUUAAAAGCUUGAAAAUAAAACUUCUUUCCCUACCAUUA